AUGGCUUCCAAAUUCUUCCCUGCCCUGCCGCGGGCUGGCCGCCAAUUGACUCGCACUGUCCCCCGACCCCAGUUCAGACCCUUCUCCGCUGGUCCGCAACGGUUCAGCGAUGUCCUUCAUGUGCACCGCAACUCCCCCGAGAACAAUCCGUCCCUCCCCUUCAAGUUCUCCGAGCAGAACAACCAGCUCAUCGAAGAGAUCGUCGCCCGUUACCCCCCUCAAUACAAGAAGGCUGCUGUCAUGCCUCUCUUGGACCUUGGCCAGCGUCAACAUGGUUACACUAGCAUCAGCGUUAUGAAUGAGGUCGCCCGCCUCCUUGAGAUGCCCCCGAUGCGCGUCUACGAAGUCGCAACUUUCUACACAAUGUACAACCGCGAACCGGUCGGCAAAUUCUUCGUCCAGCUUUGCACAACGACACCAUGCCAACUUGGUGGUUGCGGAAGCGAUAAGAUCGUCAAGGCCAUCACGGAGCACCUCGGAAUCACAAACGGUCACACAACCGAAGACGGCCUUUUCACAUACCUCGAAGUCGAAUGUCUCGGUGCCUGUGUUAACGCCCCUAUGGUCCAGAUCAACGACGACUACUACGAAGAUCUCACCCCCGAAUCGAUGAAGGCCCUCCUCACCGCGCUCAAGGAGUCCGCUACCGCUACCUCCGGCAGCCAGGUUAAGAUCCCCGCUCCCGGUCCUCUGAGUGGCAGAGACACCUGUGAGAACAGCGCUGGCAUCACCACCUUGACAGAUAUCGUGUGGGAUCCCGAGACGAUGAUGAGGAAGGAUGGUGCCCUGGACGGAGAGGCGCAGCAGCCCGCGCAAUAA